GGACGGAGUGCCAUUUAGAAGUUCUAGAAUUAAAAAGUCGUUUUGUUCGUUAUUGUGGCGAACUGAAUUCCUGGUUUCAAUCAAAUUUUUAUCUGGACCAUGAAAUUUCGUUUUUUAUCACCUGAUACGCCAAUCAAGGAAUCCUAUUUGCUGAUUCCAAGAUUUUCCCUCCGAGUUGUGGGAUGUUGGCCUCAAAGGAAAGUACCAACUUUUAUUGGUAUUUUGCAUUUUCUGGCAAGUAGUUCUGCGGUGGCAUUUGGAGCAUUUGGUGAAUGUAUUGCGGGAGCUUUGACACUGAAUCAAAUUCUAGAAACCAUGGAAGCUUGGUGUCCUGGAGUGACCAAACAGAUUUCACUCUUCAAAAUGUGGAUAUUUUUUGUGCACCGCGAAAAGUUGUAUUCGAUGAUCGAAAGGAUUGAACAACUUUUGACAGCAGAUUCCAAUGAGGAUAAAAAGAAAAUAGCACAAAAACUUUCUGUCAUAGCAUCAAUUUUGACAGUUAUACUUUUUGUGAGUGCAAAUUCGACUAAUUUAUUUUUCAACACCAGGCCGUUAAUCAAUAAUAUAAUUCGUAUAUCGAAUGGAAAAAACGCAACCCUGGAUCUACCAUUUAAAAUGAUACUUCCCAAUGUCCUCACCCACUAUCCGGUAUAUCCUCUGACAUACAUUUCCAUGUCCUACUCUGGCGUCAUGACAGUAUUUACAUUCUGUGGAGUCGAUGGUUGUUUCGUCGGCCUCUGUUUCUACAUCAGUGCCUUAUUCCGAAUGAUACAAUACGAUAUCCAGGAACUUUUUGGCCAUUUGCAAUAUCAUGAAAAAGCAGGCAGACGGGACAAUCAAAUAAUGCGCCAAGAAUUGAAGGUAAUUAUUCGCCGGCACAAUGAGGUCAUCGAUUUGUGCAAUGAAUUUAAGGACAUUUUCACGACCAUCAUCAUGGGGCAUUUCCUGUCAGCGUCGCUUGUCGUGUGCUUCAGCGUCAUUGAUCUCUUAUAUAAUACAGGCAUCGGAUUGGUGUUGUACGUCUGCUAUAGCAUAGCAGCACUUUCGCAAUUAUUUUUAUAUUGCAUCGGUGGGACUUAUGUGAACGACAGCAGUUUGGAAAUAUGCGAUUCGGUGUAUCUGGUUGAAUGGUAUAAAUGCGAUGCGGAAACACGCAGAAUGAUCCUCAUGAUAUUGAUUCGUGCCCAAAGGCCGGCAACAAUCAAUGUGCCGUUUUUUACGCCAUCCUUGCCAACAUUUAUGGGCAUUCUCAGCACUACGGGAUCGUAUAUUGCUUUGAUGAAGUCGUUUUUGUGAGCUGAUAAAGAUAAAAUAUUUGUGAUGGCUUCAAGUCUUUAAAAACAAUUCUUAAUUAUUGCUUUUCGAAAUAAUUUUGUAAUGAAAAGAAAAAUAAAUAUAAAUAACAAUAAUGGAAAAUAUAUCUCUUAC